AUGCUGGGGCCCUUCUUCGAGGGGGAGCUGCGGCAGAAGCAGCUGGACUAUUGGUUUGGUGGGGAGGGGGGCCCCCUUCCGGGGGGCCCCUCUGAAAGGGUUCACUUUUUGCUGUCAACGGGGCUGACUGAGGCCACGGGGCCCCACAUGCUGCGCCUUCUUGCUGCUGCUCUUUGCCACCCCGCAGGCCCAGCAGCAGAGGUCCCUCCUCCGGCUUCUCCGGGCCCAAACGCUGCUGCUGCUGCUGCUGCUGCUGCUGCUGCUCCCCGCCCCACAUUCCGGGGGGCCCUGGAAGCUAUUUCGCUGGCCGGGGCCAGCUCGCUGGUGGUGGGGACGCUUCGAGGGCCCCUUGGGUCUGGGGGGCCCCCGGAAGGGCCCUCGGGGGGCCCCUCGGGGGUCCCCUGGGGAGGAUCCUCGGGGGGCCCCUGGGGGGCCCCCUGGGGGCUGGGGACUGGCCGUUUGGGGGGCGAGGGCAACAGCAGCUGGGGCGGGGCCUUUGAGGGACUUUCUGCAGUUCCUGUGUCUCCUUUUUCUUUAAAAGCAGCUGCUGCAGUUUCUCUUUUGGGCGGGGCAUCAGCUGCAGCAGCAGCUGCAGCUGCAGACCCGCGGGCAACAGCAAGUGUGGGGCCCGAAGGGGGUCCCCAGGGGCCCCCUACGUGGCUGGGAAGCAGCAGCAUUUUGGGCCCUUUCAAGGGUACUGGGCCAGGGGGCCCCCGGGGGGCCCCCAUGAGCCGCGCUGCUGCUGUGGCGCUGCAGGAGCGACGCAGCCGCAGAGCUGCGGGGCUGCUGCAGCAGCAGCUGGAGGCCCUCGAGGGUAGGGAGGAUAUAGUUUUGCUGCAGCGGCCCUACUGGGGCCCCGGGGGCCCCCGGGGCCCCGGGGGCCCCACGGGGCCCCUGGGGGCCCCUGGGCGCACAGUGCGGCUGCUGGGCGCAGCUUGCGAGCUCAGCCAGGCCUUCGCCCGCGAGUUCCUGCUGCUGCUGCUGCUGCCCGGGGUUGCCCCGGGGGGCGUCCUUCCGAGGGGCCCCCUUAGGGGGCCCCCCGACCCGCUGGGGCUGGCGGCUGCAGGCAGAAUGGCCCUGGAGAGGAGCUUGAGGGGCCCCCGAGGAGACCCGCAGCUCGUGGGCUUUCUGAUGCGGCUGGUGCUGCAGGCCCUCGAGCAGCAGCAAACUUGGCAGCAGCAUAUUGGGCAGCAGCAAAAUUUGCAGCAGCAAACUUGGGGGGGACCCCCGGCCCAAAUGCAGACCCAGGGGCUGGGCCCUUUGGAGCUCUUUGAACUCGCAGAAGCUACAGAGACAGUUGAGGCUGCGCUGCCGCUGCUGCAGCAGCUCACCUGCAUGCAGCAGAGCUGGCUGCUGCUGCACUACGGGGGCCCCCCACCUCAAGGGGGCCCCCGGGGGGCCCCCAGCUCUGUCAGUCGGGGCCUUUUGCCUUACUUCAGUGCCCUGCUUCGGGUGUACAGACACCUCGGCCAAAGCAACAGCUUCAAGUGCUGCCUGCAGCUUCUCGCGCUGCACCGCUGCGUAGACACAGACACUGCAGCAGCUUUGCUGCAGCUGUGGGGUGGGGGGCCCCCCGUAGGGGGCCCCCCAGGGGGCCCCCCGAAGAGCCCGCAGUGGCUGCAGGAGGCCCCAGAGGCUGCAGCAGCAGGAAGCCAAGAGACAGCAGAUGCAGCAGACCCGGGGGCCCUGAGGCCCCUGCUGAGGGAGGGGCAGCUGCUGCUGCUGCAGCGAAUGAUGCAGUGGAAGCCGUUGCUCGACUUUGGCUCCGUCGCUCUCCGCUCCGGCCCCAGCCAGAGCGACACCAGCAGCAGCAGCAGCAGCAGCAGCAGCGGGUUGGCAGCUGUAGACGCAGCUCGCGAAGAGGCGCUGCUGCAGCAAACGGCGGAGACAGGCUCUGGCUGUUUGCUGCGUGCUGCUUUGGCUCUAAAUCUGGGGGCCCAAGAUGCAGCAGCAGCUGCUGCUGCUGCUGCUUUUCUAUCGAAGCUGGCCAGGCACGUUUGCUGCUCUGUCUCCUCAGGCA